UUCUUUCUUACAACGUCCGUCCGAGAAUCUGCACUCGAUUCCUCUGUUCUCAUCUCCCCAUUAGAGUUUUCUCUACUGAUUAAACUCCCUUCCGCCCAUCCGGUUCGGCAGAGCAAUGGGUCAUCUGUGGACUGUCCUCACGCACGCUCACUCCCUCGCCGGGCCGGUGCUGAUGCUGCUCUAUCCUCUGUACGCGUCUGUGAUGGCCAUAGAGAGCACCUCCAAAGGAGAAGAUGAGCAGUGGCUGGCUUACUGGAUCCUCUAUUCCUUCCUCACCCUCGUCGAGAUGCUCUUCCGGUCUCUUCUUGAGUGGGUACCCGUAUGGUACGAUGUGAAGCUCAUCUUGGUGGCGUGGCUGGUCCUACCUCAGUUUAAUGGCGCGGCUUUCCUGUACAAGAAACUCGUGCGAGAGCGCAUCCUGAAGAGGCACCCCAAGCCCUCCUCCCUUACCUCCUCCCCCAUUGGCAAACCCAAGUCCGAGAACUAGUUCGUCGACUUCAUCACCCACAAGAAAGUAAAAGUCUUUUAACAUCACGGCCUCUGCCUUCUUUCCCCUUUUCUACUUUCAUAUAUAUAUAUACAGCUUUUGCUAACCGAAAGUGUGCAAGUUUGCCUUGGCCAGGGGGAGCAAGGGGCGUAUUGAUUGGAGUAGGUGUCUCGGAUUCCCAGCGAUUCUGUCCUUUACACGCGAGAGCUUGCUGUGCUUUUUAUGUUAUGCAUCCUGUACAGCUCUACUGAUCGAAAGGCUUUAAUAGUACCUCAGCUUCUUCGAUGA